AAUCUAUCACAUCCUCAUUCUGCAUUCUUCUUGAUCGUAGUUAAUCAACACCCAUCUAGGAAAUAUAUGCUCCCAAGACCUGCAAAUUAUAGCAGUAAAUACAGGCGAAGAAAUCCAUUGAGGAAUCUAAAUUUUAAUCUCGCUCUUCUCCAAUUGUUCUAUUUGACAAUAUCGCCGCGAAGAUUCUAUAGACAGCUUUACUAUCAUAAGCAAACGACUAAUAAGUGGUCUAGAUCUGAUCCUACUAUUUCAAUCAUAGUAGCCGGUUUCUUAUUCAUUAGUGCGCUUGGUUGGUCACUCUCGUUUAAGUUGGGUUUCUCAGGAUGGCUGAAAUUGGGAAUAAAGAUGCUGUUAAUUGAUUAUUUAGCCGUAGCUGUACUAUUUUCCACACUUUUUUGGCUGCUAGCAAACAAGGUACUCGUACACUCUCCUUACUCACAAUCAAGUAUACCCUCAGCGAGAGUAGAAUGGGCAUACGCAUUCGACGUACACACAAAUGGCUACUUCCCUAUCAUCUUAUUGUUAUACCUCCUGCAACUAUUCCUCUGGCCAUUGCUUACACGUCAGGAAUGGAUUUGCACGUUCAUUGGUAACACAAUAUAUCUCGUAUCCUUUUUACAUUACAUCCAUAUCACGUAUUUAGGCUACGCAGCUCUCCCAUUCGUCAUCAAGUCUGAGCUUUUGCUUACUUCCGCACCACUCAUAUUGAUUGUCUACCUCGUCACGCUCAUCGGAUUCAACGUUCCUAAAGCCACACUUGAAUGGUAUUUCAAUACCUCUAUCUAAACUGUUUCAUACAUAACUGCGCAUAUUGCA